GGAGAACUGAAGAAGGAAUUCGCUGAGAACACUCUGCCGACAUUUCUGAAGAAUGUGGAAAAGUUGGCAAACCCCAGUGGCUACUUCAUCGGAGACUCGCUGACCUGGCCUGAUAUUGAGUUCUACUACGUACUGGAGGCUGCGGGUGGUGUGUGUCCAGGCGACCAUCUCAAGGACAAGCCCAACCUGACCAAGGUCGUCACCAACGUCAUGACCAAUCCGGGCAUCGCAAAAUGGCUGGAAGAGAGGCCUCAGACCACAUUUUAAAAUGUCCUAUCUCUAUUUGAGGCUUAAAAAGAAAUAGGUAUCCAACCGUACCUUCUCCUAUACAUGUAGGUAUAUUCAAGACAAAUACAGUUGCAGAUCGUCACGCCAGCUUAAGUGCCAGGCCUUUAAGUUCUCUGCCACGUCGACAGAAUGUCCUGUUUACGUGCAGGAGAGGAGCAUGCGCAUGACUUUGAUUGAUUAAAACCCUUGUCCUGCGGAGCACAACAAUUGUUGUUCUGCACAUACAGUACCAUCUAUAUAGCAAAAGAAA